CCCGCGCCCUGCGCAGCGCCGGCCGCGCCCGCGGAGCCCCGGAGGCGGCGGAGGCGGCGGAGCUGCCCGGGCUCGGGCUGUGCGCUGGCUGGGGCUGUGUCCGGGCUCGGGCUGUGUCCGGGGCUGGGGCUGUGUCCGGGCUCGGGCUCUGUCCGUGGUGCUGCCGCCCCUGCGGCCGAGCGCAGCCCCCGGACCGCGCCCGCCGCCCGGCAUCCUGUUGCGCCGAGAGCGCGGCGAGCGGGGAAAGGGCAUCCGAGCAUCCGAGCAUUCCAGCAUCAGAGCACCGGAGCAUCAGAGCAUCUCAGUAUCCGAGCACCGGAGCACCCGAGCAUCCCAGCAUCCUGCCGAGGAGCCCGAGCGCCGGCCCGGCUCGGAACAAUGGCUGCGCUGCCGCGGCUGCUCUGCGCGCCCGCGCUCGCCCUGCUGCUCUGGGCUGGACUUUGUUCCUCCGUGUGUGUGGAAGUCCCAUCUGAGACAGAGGCUGUCCAAGGCACAGACAUGAAGCUGCUCUGCAUCUCCUGCAUGAAGAGGGAAGAGGUGACAGCCAGCACGGUGGUGGAAUGGUUCUACAAGCCCGAGGGGGGAAAGGAUGAGCCUAUCUACGAGCACAGGAAAUCAAUCCACGAGUUCCCAAGCCGCUUCAGCGGCCGGAUACAGUGGAAUGGGAGCAAAGACAUGCAGGACGUGUCCAUCACCGUGCUGAACGUGACCCUGAACGACUCGGGCGUCUACACCUGCAACAUCACCCGCGAGUUCGAGUUCGAGAUCCACCGGCCCCUCUUCCAGAGCUCCAGGAAGAUCCACCUCACCGUGGUGGAGGAGGCUGGAGAAGACUUCACCUCUGUCAUCUCAGAAAUUAUGAUGUACAUUCUGCUGGUCUUCCUCACGCUCUGGCUGCUGAUUGAAAUGGUCUAUUGCUACAGGAAGGUCUCCAAGGCAGAGGAGGCUGCCCAGGAAAAUGCGACAGACUACCUGGCAAUUCCAUCGGAAAACAAAGAGAACUGUGCAGUGCCUGUGGAGGAGUAGCAGGGAGGAGGCAGCGGCACCAAGGGCUCUGAAUCCAGAAGGACCAUGCCACACCAGCCAGGUUUGAGGGGGAGCUCUGCGCCAUCAGGAGGAACACAGGGAAGUGUAAAUCCUCUUCCAUUUGCCUUGGACUCUGUACAGCCUUGACUCUGGUCCUGUGACCCCUCUGAGCUGCCAGCCCGGUGCUGAAGGACUCCUCAGUGAAAGCAUGCUGAGCAAACAGCACGGGCGUGGGCAGCACGGCUCCUUCCCGAGUUCCAGUUCCAUCAGCACCUCAAUGGCUUUGUAAAUGCUACCUGUCACUUCUUAGCUGCUCUCACCACCACCUUUAUUUGCUAAAUAUGCUGCUUCUCCAUUGCAGAGGUUAGGGGUAUGUGUGGCACACUGCUUUGAGCUGCAGGACUGUGAGCAAGGCUCUCUUAGAGGGUUAUUCCACCACAUGCUGUGGCCCAAGCAGUUUUCUUGGUGUUAAAACAGGAAGAUUUUAAUUAGGUAAUGAAAUCACUCAGAAUUUUAGGCUGUCCAUGCACAAGCUGAGUAGGGUGAGGGCUGUAAUGCAGUAAAAUUGGAGAUGUAUAAUAGGAAGGACAGGUCCCUGUGCCAUGUUCACACUUUCUUCUGGAGGGAAUUGAGAAUACAGAUCCUGAAUUAUUCCUGCUUUGGGAAGCACGAUGAUGUAAGUAUAAGAAUCCCCUGUGUCCCUCUCAUUUAUCAAGUGUCAAAACCCUCAUCCCCUUCCACCUGCCUGGCACAGCAGGUUUGCUCCUGGAGUUCACAGUGGGAGGAGGAACCUGAAGAGCCAAGUCCUACAACAGCUGGCAAGGCAGCAGGACAAGGCACAGGAUCCACCUUUUCCUGGGAAACCCCAAAAAACAAGGCAGCCUCAUGCUGGUAGGCAGGAGAAAUAAAUAAGAUGUAAAGCCCUCACAGGAUGGCAGCUUAGUAAAAUGGUUGUAGUUUUAUAAUUGGGAUGGUUCUCUGCUGCUGUAGCAGCACCAUCUAGAGGGACAGACAGAAAACACCCACUUUUCCAGUUAAUCCUAAUUCUCUCUUGAGGUAAUUAAUCACCAGUAUAAAUAGUCUGAAUUCACCUGAAAUGAUCCUCUGUUGUCCAGGAAUCACCCUGGAAAUUCCAUCUUUCCUAUGCAAACUUACCUUUUCUGAGGGUUAAGCAGAGUAAAAAUUGUUUUCUGCCCUUCAAUGCAGAUCAGUUGAGCUCAACAAGCUGGGAUUGGAAGGGGGAAAGGCAGGAACACUGGCCAGGGUGGAACUGUGCUGUAAAACCAGGUGGGGAAGGUUUGGGUUUGUUGUAUGGCAGAGUUGUGACUUCCCUGCUGCAAUGGAGCCUGUGCUGCUUUGCCAGAGCUGGCAAGUUCUGCUCCACUGUCCUCUUUGUAAGUAGUUCCCAAGUGCUCGUGACUCCAGGCAUGCUCCCACCCACGGGAACCCCUCUGCUUUGUUCUGCUGCUCUUUAUGUGCUUGCUAAAAUCACAGAAAUUACCCCAUUUGGAAGUCAGGCCCAGGCCAGAUUUCCAACUGGCACUUGCUCAAAACCCUUUUUUUAGAGUGGGUGUCAACUUUAGGAAACUACUCCAGUGCAGGCUUGGUAGUAGGAUUGCUCCCAAAUGCAGAGCCAAGCCUGGCAAGGGGAGAACAUUUUCCAGACAAAGCACACUCAUAGUCUGGGCACCAGCUCCCAAAAUCCUGAUAUCCAAAAGGGAUAUCCAAAGGAAUAUCCAAGCAGCUCCUCUUUGAAUUCAGCUGGAUGUCAUCUUUUUCCCUAUCCCACUUUGCCUGGCAGAAUCCUGAACUCAACAAGGGACUGGGUUGUAACUCUGGAGUUUCCAGCACUGCCUGAGGCAUUGAGCCCAUGGUGAAUUUUAGGACACCUCUCUCCCACUCCAGCUCUGCUCCUCAGUCCCUGUGAACCAUGGAUAACCCUCUGGUGUCACACUGUUAAAUCAAAAAAGGAGUGAACCCUUGAUGAACUUCUUGAGAGCUACCUCAGGUGGUAAAGAAGGGCCAUCCCCUUGUCCUGCACCUCCCUGUAUACCACAGGCACCUUCUGCAGAUGCUCUUUUUUUGGACAAAUCUUUCACUUUUCCAGUUCCUGCAGGCAGAGGUCACCACUGCCACGUGGUGUUCCAAGCAGGAGGAAAUGGGGUGCAAAGUUCUGCUCAAGAAUCUUGCAGGAAAAAAAAUAAUAAUAAUUUAAAAACUGGUGAUUUUUCAAGACCUGGAAGAGAUGGUCCUGGCAAAGACUCUAUGUGUGUUUGGAAUGAGAGAGGAGACUCCAGAAUAGGCAGGAUAAUAAAAAGAACAAAGAGCCACGCUGGUUGUUGGAUAGAUUUUUUAAUUGAUACCGUACUUCCAUGGUACUAACUACUUACAGGGAGUUUGGCUGCAGAGCCUGUACAAUUCCUACAUCCCAGCACAUUCCAGUAUCGUUUUUUAACCACGGGUUGGGUUUUUUUGUUUUUGCGUUUUGUUUUGUUUUGUUUUGCGCACAGCGCAAAGUUUCUGACAGUCGGGACAACUCCUAAAACAAACCCACAAUCCUUCCCCCACCCACCCCAGAGUCACCUCAGCCAUCAGUCCCCUGCUUCCCAGGCUCUGGAGGGGAUUUCUGUGGUUGUAGGAGCUGCUGCUGUGCUGAGGAGAGCAGAGCCUCGCUCAGCAUCAGCCGUGUACAGGAAUUGCAGGAUCCAGGUGGGGAGAACACGCCCCAGGGUUUAGCAGCUCCCUCCAGCCCUGGAGCACGAGGUGGGAGAUGCAAUCCCCCAGGAAUGGUGAUGUGCCAGAGGUGCCAUGGGAGGUUGUGAUGCUGCCACUGCUCUGCUGCUCUUCCCUCCCUCCACAUCCAGUGGAGCUCCAUCCAUCCAUCCCUGCUCUCCAAGGGCCAUUUCCCAGGAGCUGGGAAUGUGGAGAUGGGGGUGACGUGCAUAGCACAGGCUCCACCUCCCUGCUGGAUGGAGCUGGAACAGCUGCUGUCCCAAAUCUUAAUGGAUAAGUGGCUCCAGAACCUGGGGUUUGUUCCUUCCCUACUCUUGGGGUUUGGGGCAGGGAAGGUGGCCUUGAAAGUUAGCAAUGGAAUUGGCCUAAAUGAGUGAGGUAACAGAAACGGCCAGAGGAGGAACCUCCCCGAGCCAUGUGCAAAUAUAAUUCCUUCAGCAGAAGGAAGUCCUUUUCCCUACUGAAAAAUAAAAUAAAAUAAAAUAAAACACAUUCACUUGAAGAGCAUACAGACUGCAGGAGGGGAAGGCAGGCAGGGACAGCACCAGGUCAGAGCAUCUAUGACACAGGUAAUGAUUGUCCAGCAGCAGAGGUGGGAGGGGACAGGGAAAAGCCAUAGCCAGCACUGCAAAACAUGUGGGAGAGGAGGAGGGCAUGGCAUGCCAUGGAUCCAUGCUAAGAGAAGCCCAGGCUGUCUGCCUAGAUCUGGGAAUGCCUUGACCAGCAGUCACCCAAGACACGAGAUUAUUUGGCCAGUGUGCACAUCUAGAAAAAGAGAGGUUUUAUGGCACAGAGAGACUCGUGCUGGAGAGACUGCAAAGCACAGAGAUCAGAGAGUGUCUGGGGAACAGGCUGGAAAAUCAGCACAGGAACCACUGGGGCACAACUGUUCUCUGAGCCACAGAGAUCAGAGAGUGUCCAGUGGGGAACAGGCUGGAAAAUCAGCACAGGAACCACUGGGGCACAACUAUUCUCUGAGCCACAGAGAUCAGAGAGUGUCCAGUGGAGAACAGGCUGGAAAAUCAGCACAGGAACCACCCUGGCACAGGUGUCCUGUGAGCCACUUCCCUCUGGGGCUUUGGUUCCAGAGUCCCUGUUCUGAGUUGUGUUUUAAGUGAGCCCCUGCCAGGUAUUUUGAGUGGUGCUGGGACUGAAAAGAUGAAGCAGGGUCCAGUGGCUGUGCCAUGGACUAUGGCAGUGGCAGCCUGGCAGGGAUCUGUGGGAGAGCCCCUUGGAGCUGAGCAGGCAGUGCAGAAAGCACUGAUGUGUCAGAGCUGGGGUGCAGCAGCUGCCUGGGCAGACAGCACAGAGCUGCCUCCCCCGAGCCAGGCACUGCUGCUUUCAACAGUGAUUUUAAGUCUGAUUUUCUGGGUAAUGUGGAAGCAGACAGCUCCAGCUGUAAAUCAGGCAGGAGUUUGUUUCUGUGCUCGUGGGGAAGAGCAGGUGCUGCCUGACACUGCUUCUGGGGAGAACAGCUGCUGCAGCACACCACAGCAAACCCAAAAGUACCCAGACCAAAAGCGUCUCCAGCCGCUCUCUGGGAAAGAAAACAUUCUACCUUCUUGCAUAAAGGUAAGAAAAGCUCCUAUGUGGCAACCAGGACAGUGCUGAGGAGCCAAGGAGGCUGAAAAGUCUGUCCUUAUCUACACCCAGGUGAGCUGCUGAAGCUGUCUGAUAAGGACAUGGAUCAGCAUUCCAGGAUUAGCAUUCCUGGAGGGGAUCUCCCAGUACAUGCCCUGUUAUUUCAGAAGCAGCUUUGUGCCUUCAGGGCUCCAAAUCCAGCAAAGCCUUGUGCUUUGAAACCUUUCCUCUUCCAAUCCAGGGUCACACUACACUAAAAUUGUUUCCUAAGGUCCCUAAAGUUUCUGUUUUUAAGAUCAGAAGCAUCCAAGCAGGGUCAGGUGUCACCCAGCAGACAAGGGCAGUAGCCAGAGGUGAAAAUGCAGCCUGUGUGUCACAGCAGGACAGGCAGCUCAGGGGAGAUCAAAGUCAUGUGCCCUUCGUCUCUUCUCCCAGAGGACUUGAGGGAGCCAGGAAGGAUUUAGACAGAAGCUGGUAUCAGUCAGUAUGAGUUAAUAGCACAGUUUUCUGACUGAAGGGAGAGCCUGAAGUACAGAGAACCCAAAAGCUCGUUGUCCUGUUAAUCACAGCUAACACCUUCCCACUGCAAGGGCCUUUCUAGCCUUUAUUUCCCCAAAUUUACUAUCUGGAAUGUGCAGGCCCAGCAGUGGGCAGCUCACCACCUGGAAUAACCUGGUUUUUGGUCCUUCAGAGACUUCACAGGCAGCUGCUGCAGUAGAAACCUGUGGUGCCUACUCUGGGAAUGCCUGGUUGCACAGCAGUUACCCAGGACUCAAACCCAUCCCAGCUGCCAGAACUCCCUAAGAUUAGCACUGGGAGGUAUGUCUUUAUCAGAGGUGAGGUUGUGACAAGAUCUGAUCAGUGAGGAUGUCACAAACUGGUGGAUCAGAGCCUCCUGCUCCCCCUUCUCCCUCCUCCCAGUAGCAGGCAUCUUCCUUGACAGGAAUUAGGCUACAAGCUAUUGGCAUUACUCUUGCAUGCUUGGCUGGAGAAAUGCCUUUAAUUUUUUCUUUUUAAAUCCUUGUUUUUGUGGUUGUUCAGAUCCUGCAAACCAAAGCCCAGCAGAUGUGGAAGGGUCAGGCUGGGAGGGGAAAUGCACCUGCUGUAAAUAGAAUCCAGGGGGAUUUCUGGCACAGGUGUGCAGGGGGAAAAGCAAAGCUCUGAUGGUGGGAGCCAGGCUUGGCUGAGAGUGCUGAGGGAAGCACCACCCUCUGUAACACUAUUCAGGCCUCUCACUCCUAGAAAGUGCUACUGAUCCCUCCAGGAAAUGUAAUCCAAAAUUGUCUCUGGCUCCAGAAGGAAUUAACCUGUCACCUGGGAUGGGGCAGGGAUAGCUGAUUCCUAUCCCAGCUCUCCAGAGGAAGGGAAAACACUCCAAGCUUUUGUUUAAACCCUCACCACCAGUGCAUUAAGACCUUGCUUUUCCCCUUUUUAUUACUAUUGUGAGAGAUUAAGAGGCAAAAAAAGAUUGUGAAUCCCAUCCAACUCCAAGCCAGACUGGCUGCCAAGUGGGAAAAAGAAAUAACUAGGAAAAAAACCCAACAAACUAAGGCCUCAAAGAGAAACCUCCCUCAGUGUGAAGGACACUGCAGUUCUGCUUGGUGCCCACCACCCUUGUGCUCUUCCUGAAGGAUUUCACAUUGCUGAGUGCCAGGAGAAGGAGCAAACAGGUUCAAAACCCACUUUAAUGUGCAGGUAGCACAAAUAUUAGUGUUGAGGUUGCUACAGCUGCCUGGCCUGAUUGAUUAAACAGAGCUUGUGCAGUUCUGUCUCUGGGGCCCAGCCCGAGGCUGCAGCUGGAAAUCUGCACAGGAGAAAGGAUUCAGGAUGAGAAAAAGGGUUCCUAACAGAGAGAAUGUGAUAUUGGUGAGCAACAAAUACUGAUCAGCAGCAUUUAUCUGUGAGCCUCUCUGAUUUCUCUGUCUCUAGGUGGAAGAGACCCCACUUUCCAGGUUCCUCUUUCACUGUGUUCUUUCUCUCUCCUGGCAUGGGCAGGAUGAAUCCCAGAGCUUCCUCUGUCAUCCUGCUUGGUGCUUGAAAUUAAAUUCUAGAAGAGGGAAAUUCCAGCAGUAGGGGAGAUUCGUGUGCUUAGUAAUUGUCAGAGUGACUACAAGGGGAAAGGGGACUCUGGGGCAGUCUGCUAAGUCACAGUGGGGAAAAUGAGCCACAGAAAGCCCUUCCCAGGCCCUAGCACCUCAACUUCAUGGUACAGCAGCCAUUUCAGCAGCCUCCCUGCAAAAAAAUCAGGGAGCAGUACAGUAGUCAGCAGCAUUAAAUUAAAUAAAUAGUCAUAAAUACACUUCACUCUCUGGUUUCCCCCAACUGGACCUUGCUUUCACAGUCUGACAUGUCCUUUUGAUAGCCUGGCUUCAUCCAUGCUCCUGCACAUGUGAGUUCUGUGUGGGGCAUGUGUUCAGCACGUGGUUGUGGGGAUUGCAGGCAGGCUGGGAGAAAUCACCAGGUUAUUCCUGCAUCCUUUGGAAUGGAAAGUGGAGCUUGAGAGGGUUUUCCUUCAGACUGCACUGGGUGUAUUCUGUGCUACUUAAUGGUGUGAGACCAAAUAUUCAUCCUGGAGGUAAUGCAGGAGGUAAAACUGCACCAUUUCCAAACUGGGAAUGUGCAGCUGCCUCCCUCCUGCCAGUCAGCAGGUGGAAAAAUCCCAGUGUUGGACGAAGUGGGACUCACAUUCCCCUAAUCUACCUGGCUGGGGAAGAGGCCAAAGCAUUUAUUAAACACUUCAAGAAGCAGCCUGCAUCCCCAUGAGUCCCUGUGGAGUUUGUGCAUUGCACAGCACAGCCAAGCUGCCCCUCUUCCUCAUCUGGCUGCUAAUGGAGUCUGGAAUUAUCGCCCAGAAAAAAUGAAAAUGCACAGUGCAUUUUUUUAGUGCAGUUCUACCACCUGGCUGACUCCCAGCUGAGUCCCAGGGGAGACACCCCUCAGGUGCCUCACACCCAGCUCUGUCCUGCCACCCUCUGCUGGGCCCUUUUUCCUCUCCUCCCUUGGUCCCUGUGACCCUUCCUGACCUCUCCUGGAUUUUUGGAAGCUUUGUUGCUCUACAGAUGCAAUCACAUCAAUAUGCACAGUGAUGGCUGUUGCUGCAUAGAUACAAUUAUAUCAAUUUAUCCCAGGCAAGGAAAGGAAGCUGCUUUACCCUGUUUUCCCACAGAUUUUACAAGACAAGGGCUGAGCAAACAGCAGAGAGAUUUGCUAAGCUGGGUGGAAGUGGUUGCAAAUCAAUCCUAAUUUUGGUUUUCUGCUUAAAUGUGGGUCCUCCCAGUGUGGUGAUUCCAGCAGCAAUGCAGACCUGCCGCACAGGGGUGGCUCAGUGGCAGGGCCAAACACAGAGAAAGCAGAGAACAGCUAAAGGGGACACUGGCACAGGAGUGGCUCUGCCCUCCCACAGCCCCUGCAGGGAGACGCUCCCCUGCUCUCACUGCAGCAUCCAGGGCACAAAGAAGCAAAUCCAAACUGGGCUUAUGGAAGGGAUUGCAGCUCGGUCACACUCUGUGCUUUGCUCUCUGAGCCAGCCUGGCUGCCCUGACAGCACAUUUCUGCUCCCAGGAGGGGCCUGCCAGGGGGAUCUGCCCUCCACAGACCCACAGCAACUCACCCUCCUCUCCAGAGCAGUUCUGCAAGGGGUUGACUGUGAUUGCCAAAACCUCUGUGCCCUGAAGCCAGCAAGGUCAGGGAGGUGACAGUGUCCCC